AUGUUACCACCUAAAUACUGGUUUUGGGAGUCAAUCUGCUUCUUGGUACUCGGAGCAAGGUACAAUGUUUGCGAUGUCGUUUGAUCCUCGAUUCCAUCAAACGUUCUAUUCAAAUUCACUGCCACCUUGAUUUCGCUGUUACUUACAUUAAUCGGGUAUUCUGAUUUUUUUGUAGUAUUUGGUGCCAACGGUAUUUGCAUUUUCUCCACUUUUUGUUCAUUAUUUGAGUCUAUCGCUAGUUGGCUGGUAUACGCGGAAGCAUUCGCAACGGUCGAUGAUAUCGUAUUUUCGAUUUCAGAGAAGUUUCUCAUGCCUAAUUCUACAUCAUUUACAUGAAAUUCUUUAUUCCACAGUAUAUUGUUCUCUUUGUUGAACGUAUACCGUGUUACAAUUGGCAAUCUUGAGGACAUCCAUAUGUUAUUACAUUUCAUAGAAUUAUCUUUGGCUUGUUGUUUUCUCUUGGCAUCAGCCGACGAUGGCGGAGUCCAUGCGAAGAAAUAUUUCUUACCUUCGGGAGAAUCAGUCUUUCUGUACCUUGUCAUCGAUUUGAUCAAACAACGCGGCAUGUUUUCACGGAGAACGGACGAACACAACUCGACAGAAAGAACGGAAUACAAUAAAGUGUUGGACGUUGCAACAGCGAUGGAGCAAACCACUGUCACACAGUUGACAGGCAUUUGUUACUUUCUGUAUACUUUCAGUAUUGUAAUCUAGUAAUUCAUUUCAGCUACGUUGUAUACUUGCAUCCUCUUCUUUUCCAAUUUGAAGCUAUACGUUGCGAACCACCGGAUUACUUCUUAUGCAACAACGGAAAAUGCAUUUCGUCCGCCUUCCGUUGCGAUGGAGAAAGCGAGUGCGGUGACGAAUCUGAUGAAAUGGAUUGUAAAGGCUUCCAAAUUGAUCUUAAAAUGAUUCGCUGUGCUGCAGAUGAGUUCCAAUGCUCCGAUCAUUCUUGCAUACCGAUAGAAAAAUUUUGCGACGCGAAAUCUGAUUGUUCCGAUGGAAGUGAUGAGCAUGAUGAUUGCGUGAAAAAUUUACAAUGCGAUAGAUUCAAAUGCAAAGAUGGUCAUUGCAUAAGAAACGAGUGGGUUUGCGACGGAGUUCCAGAUUGUCCAGAUAAGAGCGACGAAGAAAAAUGUGAGAACAGUAUGAUACCAAUCAAUAAAUGUAACAACGAAUACGAUCGAUAUCUAUGCAAAAAUGAAAGAUGCAUCUUCCUAAAUGCAACAUGCAACGAGAAAGAUGACUGUGGUGAUAACUCAGAAGAAAAUGUAGAUGCAUGCAAGAAGGCGUGCAAAGAAGCAAAUUGUCAACAUAACUGCAGAAAAACACCUGUAGGUGCUCAAUGUUCGUGUCGAUCAGGUUACAAGUUGGUGAACAACCAGACUUGCGAGGAUGUGAAUGAGUGCGAUGAUUACGGAACUUGCGAUCAAAAAUGUAUCAAUAAUGCUGGAUCUUACACUUGUUCAUGUCAGUCUGGUUAUAAUCUGGACGAUGAUCAAAAAACUUGUAAAGUCGAAGGUGGCGAAGCUGAAAUGGUGUUCUCGAUUAAAUCUGAAAUCCAUGGUGUUUACCUUAGUUCUGAAAUAUAUUAUCCCAUAACUCGGAACUUGCAACAUGCCGUGGCUGUUUCCUUGGACGCGAAUUACAUAUAUUGGUCCGACAUCGAGAACGGAAAUGAAGCAAUAAUCAGAAGCUCAGUGGAUGGCACGCAGCGAGAAAUCAUUGUUACAACAGGUUUAAACAAUCCUGAUGAUAUGGCAGUAGAUUGGGUAACAGGCAACAUAUACUUCACGGACAGUGGUUACAUGCACAUCGGAGUUUGCAGCAAUGAUGGUUCUUAUUGUACUGUUAUAAUAGAAGAACCGAACGAUAAACCGCGAAGUCUUGCUUUAUUGCCAUCCAAUGGUAUAAUGUACUGGUCCAAAUGGGGCGUGAAUUCGUGCAUAUUAAAGGCGGGAAUGGAUGGCAAAAAUAAUACCGUGUUAAUCAACGAAAAUUUAGAAUUGCCGAACAGUUUAGCUAUUGAUUACGCAAAUAAUAGAUUAUAUUGGAUAGAUACUAAACUAAAAAUAAUCGAAUCGGCACGGCUAGAUGGUACAGAUCGGAGGGUCAUACUGAAAGGGGUGGUAAAGAAGCCAUUUUCAUUGGCUGUAUUUGAAAAUAGGCUGUAUUGGAGCGAUUGGAUAUCUAAUACCAUACAAUCGUGUGAUAAAUUCACUGGCAAAAAUUGGAAAAUCUUAGUGGGUACGAACAGUACCAUUUAUGGCAUACAUAUAUAUCAUUCCGUUUUGAAACCCAAGAUGCCGAAUCCAUGCAAUUCGAAUCCCUGUUCCGAGCUGUGUCUAUUAAAUUCAGAUAAUGGAUAUACCUGUGCUUGUACAUUGGACAAAGAAUUAAAUCAUGAUAAUCAUACAUGUCGUGCGGUUAAAAAGAAAGUGCAUUUAGUUAUUGCAACAGGAAACACGUUGAUAGAUUAUUAUCAUGAAUUACUGGGAAAACCAAAGAUGACAACUAAUGUUAUACUAAAUCAUAUCACUGGGAUUGCUUAUAAUCCUCUUACUGGUGGUUUACUGGGCAGCGAUCAACUAAGGGACAAUAUUUUCCAUUUUAACACACACACUGAUGAUCUGAAAAGCUUGAUAUCUAUCGAAAAUGAAAUAUUAGGUGGAAUGGAUUUCGACUAUCUUGGAAACAAUCUAUAUUUGUCGAAUGUGAAGCACAAAACUAUUGAAGUUCAUAACUUGAACAACAGUGAAAAGACGAUCUUCUACUUUCAGGACGAACCUUACGAUAUUGCUCUUGUACCGGAAGAAGGUAUCAUGAUGGUCGUAUUUAGUGCGGAUAAAUCGUAUCGCAUAGAUCUGAUGAAUAUGAACGGACUUGGUCCAAGAAUCACGCUCGAAGGAAAUAAAACACCGUUAAUUGGACCGAAGGUAUCUUUGUGCUACGACAGAGAUCUGAAACAAUUGUUUUGGAGUGAUCAGGGCACUGGUCGUAUUGGUAUUACGACCAUUCCAGGUCUUGAAACAUAUAUCUUCCGCACUGGUUUAUCAGAACCUGUGAGUCUCGCCGUUAUUGGUAAUUAUGUAUUUUGGACUCAAUAUAAGUCAGAUCAAUUGUAUUGGACUAAAAAGAGCAACACACAGCAAUAUCAGAAACAUAUUACAUUAAAAGUACCUAAUAACUUGGACAGGAUACAAUUAGUGGGUAUACACGAAACCUACGUAAGAGACCACCAAUGUCGUACGAACAACGGAAACUGCUCUCACGUGUGUCUGUUAUCCAACUCUCAUUCAUAUCUUUGCGCCUGUCCUCCGGACAUGAUGCUAAACGUAGAUAAUCGAACGUGUAGUCCUCAAACUGCGUGUAACGCCGGCGAAAUAAAAUGCAGUGAACACGAUAUGUGCAUAAAGUUCGAUCAAAGAUGCAAUGGGAUACAAGACUGCCCUAACGGGGAGGACGAAUCAAGCAUUUGCGAUGAAUAUCACUGGUCAAAAUGCAAGCAUCAGGAUCAGUUUCAAUGCAAAAACGGCGAAUGCAUAAGCAAGACGAAACGUUGUAAUUCCUACUAUGACUGUGCCGAUUGGUCGGACGAGGAGGGCUGCGAUAAAAAGGAAUGCGAUUCCAAUGAAUUUCAAUGUCACGAAGGAGCUUGCAUAUCGAAGUACCUUGUAUGCAACGGGCAAAAUGAUUGUACUGAUUUUUCGGACGAACUUAAUUGCGACAGGCACAAAUGUGACGCAGACAGCUUCGCAUGCGAAACCGGGACUUGUAUACCAAAAACGUGGGAAUGCGAUGGAGAGAUUGACUGUGUAGAUCGUUCUGACGAACACGAAACGUGCCAAAGAAACGCAUGUCCAUCCGAAAUGUUUACUUGUUUAAGCGGUCGUUGCAUCGAUUUAAUAUUGAAGUGCAACGGUAUCAGCGAAUGUGAAGAUAACAGCGAUGAACAAUAUUGCAAUUACGUGGGUAACAAUAAUUACGUCAAUUGUUCUGCGGAUCAGUAUAAAUGUUUCAAUACGGAAUUAUGCCUUCCCAACGAAGUCAGAUGUAACGGCGUUUCAGACUGUCCAAAAAACGACGACGAACGUAAUUGUGCUCGAUGCCAAAAGGAAGAGUAUGUUUGUGACAAUCAGAAAUGCAUUGAUAAAAACUGGGUAUGCGACCGGAUGAAUGAUUGUGGGGAUGGAUCAGAUGAAAAAGAUUGUGACGGUGGUAAUUCGAGAAUGAAUAGCGUCAGCUCGAUUUCUAAAUGCAAAGAAUUCAAAUGUUCGAACGGCGUUUGCCUCCCUUUUGCCAAAGUGUGCGAUGGAAAAGUGGAUUGCUCAGAUCAAAGUGAUGAAUACGGAGAAUGUAAAAUUGCGUGUACCAAGGUCAAUCCCUGCACGAAUAUGUGCCAUAGUACACCCACUGGUCCUGUCUGUGGUUGUAGAAAUGGAUAUCAAUUAAGUAACAAUUUUAAAUCUUGUGAAGACAUCAACGAAUGUGAAGACAACGUUUGUUCACAAUUAUGUCAUAAUACUAAUGGAUCUUAUACUUGUUCAUGUUACGAGGGAUACGUCAUUCGAAGUGAUAAAACUUCGUGCAAAGUGGCUGGUCCACAAAUGGAGAUGAUCACAGUUUCUGGUAAUAAUAUUAGAAAGUUAUCACGAAAUUUGAAUUCAAUUGAAGUUAUUUACGAAGAAAUAAAUUUUGAAAUAAAUGGUAUUGAUGUGAACACGAAGGAAAAUACUAUCUAUUGGAGUAAUGAUGUUCUAGGUAUGGUAAGUAAAAUAAAUAUAAAAACCAAAGAACGAAAGACUGUUACCGGUCUUGGCAAACCAGAAGCUCUAGCUGUUGAUUGGAUUACUGAUAAUGUAUACUUUAAUGAUAAUGAUCGUUCCAGCAGUAUUCAGGUGGCUAUUUUGGAGCCAAACUGUUUGGUCAGAUUACGAUAGACCUAUGACGGAAAUAUAUCGAUCUAGUACAAUGGGUACUAAUGCAACAGCAAUUGUACAUCGUGAUCUUGGUAUUGUUUUUGCAUUAACUAUUGAUUAUACACGAUCCAGAUUGUAUUGGUCAGAUACGUUUCAUAAAACCAUCGAAUCUUCGAAUUUGGACGGUUCUAAUCGUGUUGUAGUUUUAAAUACACUUAUUUAUCAAGCUUUGAGUAUUAGCAUAUACGAGGAUUCUUUAUAUUGGUUGAUGAGUACAACUGGUACUAUUCAAAAAUGCAAAUUAUACGGUGACAAAUCAUGUAUAACAAUCAUUAUUGGUACUUCAAACGUCGACAAAUACUUUAUUAUUUCUCACACCAUUAAGCAACCUGUUGGGAAAAAUUUUUGUGAGAAAUAUGACUGCAGUUAUAUGUGUGUUUCGGGAAGCAAUGGAUCCGCAUGUAUUUGUCACGAUGGAUAUCCAAAAGAUUCCAAAAACAUUUGCAUAGAAAACACGAAUACAAAAAUUAAAUUCAAUUCCAAUAUAGUUAAUCAUAGAAACGAAAAUAGUAUUCAUCAACAAGGAACAGUAACCGGUAUAAUAAUCACAGUACUGGCAUGUUUCAUAAUUGCAGCAGCUUAUUUUUAUUACCAGAAAAUCAAACCAAACUUUUCAAAGAAGAAUAAUCUCAGCAUUCAUUUUCAAAAUCCAUCGUUCGAUCAACGAAAUGAGAUCAAUUGUAUUUCUGGUUUACCACCUGGAGAACAUGAAUAUAUUAAUCCGGUUACGAGUAUCCAACAGAAUAAGAAUGAAAAUAAUAUAACAGAGAAAAAUGAAAAACAGAUAAUAAAAAUGUUCAAUUUCGAUCAAUCAGAUGACGAAUCUAAAGAAUCUACGAAUAAACAAGAUAUUCGCUCAAUAUAA